AUUCGUUCUUUGAACUUUGUAGUUUAAUCUCUAGUAAGAGCUGGCACAGAGCUCUUUAUAUUAAUUGUUCAUAAUCUCUCAAGCUUUAUGAUUUUCAACUGCCGCUUAAAGUUAUUUCACUGAAAUGUAUAUAAAAAUGCAUUCAGAUUUCUUGAUCACCCCUCGACAUACAAGUGUAUGUAUGAACACUUCAAAUGCCUAUUACGACAUCAUUAUUCGUUCUUGAACCGAUACUACGCGAUUCCGGCUCAUUAAUAAAGCGAUUCAGGUCGUAACGAAUGGACGUGAAGAAAUCGGAACCACUUCGAUAUAAACAAUGGCUUAUAAGUUCACAGGGACUUAGGUUAAUCUAAAACAAAUAUGAUAUUUUCAUAAAUCAAUGUUGGUACCAAAAAGAAAACCGGAAAUCUCUGGUAAAAUCUAAAUUCGAACUAGGAUUGAUUUUUCGAAUCAAGUGUUUACAAUUUCCAUUAGCAUUUUCAUUUAUGAGCUCGCCAGCUACCUACGACUGAAAAGGUUCUUCAGGUUCCGCCUAUUCUAAUACCACUGAUCUGGGGUCAUUCAUAAUUAUGGAUGCUUCUGCUUUAUAGGCGAACCAAAGUCAAGUUCCUAUUACGUGAGCUUAUAUGUUUGAGCUUCAGUGAUUCCAAUGGCAGAAGUAAUAGUGCAAGUGUCAGAUUCGGUCGGGCCAAGAAACAAGAUUGCAUCGUGCAAGGAUAUCAAUCAAAUUAUUACGCAUAACAAACGUUUUGAUUCGUGAUAAGGACUUAAGGAUUAGUCCCUUAAUUUCGAGAAAGGAUAAGGGCGGUUCCCUGAACUACAAAACGGAUAAGGACUGUUAACUUAAAUACGAUAAGGAUAAUAGUGCUAAUCAGUGCAGUGAUAGAAAGUGGACGAUAUGGCGCCUUACUCAAGGAUAUACCAUCAGGAUGAGUCCUCCAAAGAAACGGGUGUCCUUUUCGAGGACGAUGCACAAACAGUCGACGGUGACCUGACCACCGACAGAUUCCAGUUGAAACGAGCUGAGAAACGUCGGCUACCCCUAGUCUGGCGGAAUAUAAUCCUGUUCGCAUUGGUCCACCUGGCUGCUCUAUAUGGCCUGCACUCCAUAUUCACAAGGGCGAAACUGGCCACCACACUUUUCGCUGCCGUGUUGUAUAUCAUUGGCAUGCUGGGCGUUACAGCCGGUGCCCAUCGUCUGUGGGCGCAUCGCACCUACAAGGCCAAGUGGCCCCUGCGCCUGCUCCUGGUCAUAUUCAAUACGAUCGCCUUCCAGGAUGCCGUCUACCACUGGGCCCGUGACCAUCGCGUCCACCACAAAUUCUCAGAAACUGAUGCAGAUCCACACAACGCCACCAGGGGAUUUUUCUUCUCGCAUGUGGGCUGGCUGCUCUGCAAGAAGCAUCCGGAUAUCAAGGAAAAGGGAAGGGGACUGGACCUCUCUGAUCUGCGCGCCGAUCCCAUCAUGAUGUUCCAACGAAAGCACUACUAUAUCCUCAUGCCGCUGGCCUGCUUCGUUUUGCCCACCGUAAUUCCAAUGGUUUACUGGAAUGAGACGCUGGCCUCCUCCUGGUUCGUGGCCACCAUGUUUAGGUGGUGCUUCCAGCUGAACAUGACCUGGCUGGUGAACAGCGCGGCCCACAAAUUCGGAAAUCGGCCAUACGACAAGUAGGAGCAUGAAUCCCACCCAGAAUGCCUAUGUAUCGGCCUUCACCUUUGGCGAGGGAUGGCACAACUACCAUCACGCGUUUCCAUGGGACUACAA